AUGGAUAUUAAUAAGGAACUUAAUAGAAAAACUAGAAGUUUAAUCCAAUCACUUCAAUCACUUUUUAGUAAUCCAUACAGAGAUUGGAAGGAUAAAUUUACUAGGGAAGUCGAUCAGCGCCUUAAUCAAUUGAAAAGGGAAACAAUUUUGAAAAAACAAAAGAGACUCUGUAGAGAUUUUAAUGAUUGGGUAGAUGAUACAAAGGAAGAUUUUUUUACUACCCUAGGAAAAAAAUUAAACAUUCAAAGAGAUAGUAAAACAAAAUGGGAAGAAAAUGAGAAAUCUAUAAUUGGUAAAAUGUCAUCUAUCUACUCAUGUAAAAGAAAUCCUAGUAAAUAUAAUAAAACAAUAAGAAAUAAAAGGAGACGUGUAGAAGACUUUUGCGAAGAAAGGGAUGAGCGUAUUGGAGAACUGAAUAAGAAUUUUACGAAUCAAAAAUGCAUGGAUUUAAACAAAUGGAUUAAUAGCAAAAAGGAUGAUUUUACUAAAAAUAACAGAUGGAGUAUAGAUGAUAGCAAGAAAAAUAAUAAAGAUUUCGAAAUUUCUAAAAAUUGUACAUUGUAUAAUAUGAAAAUGUUUUCUUCCAAUAUUGAUUGCUAUAAAUCAGGUUCAUAUUCUGAUAAAACAUCAGAAAAUAAUAAUUUUGCCUCAAAUUCAAAGAAAACAUCUAACAGCAUAACAUCGAACACUAAUACUAAUCAACACACCCCCACUCCUAAACUUGCAAUUAAAUCUCCAACUGGAUCUACUCCUAAAAGCGUAACUACAACUUCAAUUAUAUCAACACUUACAUCCGUAUCUUCACUUACAAAUACUCCCUUAUCUACAAAUAUAUCUCCAACUAAAGUUGCUUCUACAAGUAUAACCACAACCUCAGUUGCACCAACAUCUUCAACUGUAUCUCCACAUACAAAUGUAUCCGUUUCUUCAAAUAAAUCUCCAAUUAAGCCUGCUUCUACGGGGACAAAUAAAACAGAAUCUUUACCAACACGUGCAACGCCAUUAACACCUGCAAAUACAUCUUCAUCUACAAGUGCAUCUGUAUCUGAAGCUAUAUCUCCAAUUGAACUUUCUACUAUAAAUACCACAACUCCAGUUGUAAAAGAACCUAAAACUUCAUAUAAUUUAUCUAUAUCUCCAGAUAUAAAUAAAAAUACUUUAAAUAGUUCAAUGAAUAAUUCCAAUCUUAUGCUAAAUAAUUCAAUAAAGACUUUAUAUAUAUCAACAAGUAACGUUGUAGCUACCCAUCCUUCACUUCUACAAGAUGCAACUUUUCCAAAUAUAAUUUCAGGUAAUUCUACAAAAACUACAUCUUCAGGAAUUUUACCUACCUUAAUUAUUCUCCCAAUAGGAGGAUCACUAAUUUUAUUUAUGUUCUUUUUUGCCCUUCUCUAUAAACAUACUCCUAUUGGAUCAUGGUUUGAUAAUCGUAAAUCUAAGAAAAAAAAAAAACAUAAAAAACAGAAAGAAGUACAAAUAGAUUUGACAACAUCUUUAGCUUUUCCCUAUAAAAAGUUAGAGAAUAAUAUGAAAAAUCUUGGGAUAUAUGAGAAAAACGGUUCCAUAUGUGAAAUAAGAUUGGAAAAUGAAGUUAAUAUAGGUGAAAGAUACGGAGAAGAAGAAUCCAAAGAAAAUGAAAAUAAAGAAAAAGAAGAAAGAAUAAAAAAAGAAGAAGAACAUAGUAAAAGAAAUAUAGAAACAAAGAUCAAUACUGUUGUAAUAGAUAAAAAGUGGAAAUGGAAAGCUAUAAUUGAAAUUCAUAUGAUGGUAUUAGAAGAGUGUCAAAAGGAAGAGUGGGAAUUUAAUAGAAGAGGAUUUCUAAAAAUUUGUUUGGAUGAAUUUAAAGAAGAAGGUAUAUAUUCGGAUAUAAUUAUCAGAGACUUAACAAUGGAAAUAGAUCAAGAAAAAAUUACUAGUAUUUUUUUAGAACAAAAGCCUUUAUGGAAAAUAUGGACAGAAUGGAAUGAUAAGUUGAUAGAGAAAUGGAAAAAGAAACAGUGGUUUAAAAAUUUGAUAGAAGAAUGGAAAAAAGAAGUAAAUAAAUGUGUAGAAUUAAUAAAAGAAGAGAUGAUGGAAGGCACAGAAAAGGGAGCAAUUAACCCCAUGCUAGAGAGACAAAAAAUAAUAUGGAAGAAUUGGAUACAAAAGCAAAAAAAGUCGCAUAUUUUUAAUGAAAGAUUGUUAAAACAAUUGCUAGUAGAAUAUGAAGUAGAAGAAAUGAAAAAAAAUAUGGAAACAACAGAUAGAGAGAAAAUAAGAACUCAGAUAGAGGAGAGAAAUAAAGCAUAUAAUGAUUCAAACAAAAAUAAAUUAAUAUCGAGAUUAAGGAUAGAGAUAUAUAUGAUGGUAUUGGAUGAAUGUAAAAAAGAGGAAUGGAUAAGGAACAAUAAAGAAUUUUUUAAAGAAUGCAUAGAAAAGUUGAAAAUGCAGGACAAUUCAGAUGAAAAAAAAGAAAUUUUGGAAAUAGAAGAAGAAAUAAUAAAAAACUUUAUAUUAGAAAAAAAAAGAGGAAAAUUAGAGAAAUUUAAAAAAGAAAAAUGGUUUAUUGAAUUGAAGAAAGAAUGGAUGGGCAAAGAAAAGAAAUAUAUGGAAGAGUUGAACAAGGAAAACUUAUUAGGGAAUAAUGAGCAGAUAAUCGAAAACCCAAUGCUGCAAAAGCAAAAGAUUAUAUGGAGAAAACAUUGGAAAGAUAUGCAUAAGAAGUUUUUAGAGAAUGAAAAUAAAAAUGAAUCCUUUAUAAAGUUCAUGGAUGAAUACAAUAGUAAAGAAGUCAAUAGAAAAGAAUCAGAUAAAAUUAACGUAGCAGAAAAAAAUAUAAAAGAUGAUGAAAUUGGAGAGGAAAGAGAAAAACAAAAAUAUUUACAGGAGAAAAAGGAGGAAAUAAAUAGAGAAGAUGAAAAAGAAAGAAAAAAAAAAGAACAAAAGAUAAAACAUAUGGAAGAGAAGGUAGAAAAAGUGAAAGAAAAGAGCGAUUGUAUGAUAUUGAGAAAAAAGCCGAAGCGAAAAACUUUAAUAGAAAUACAUAUGGUGAUAAUGGAGGAUUGUAAACAAGAGGAGUGGGAAUUAAAUAGAGUAGAAUUUUUAGAAAUUUGCUUAAAUGAAUGGUUAAAAGAUGAAGAAUCAGUUGAUGUAAAGGGCAAAGAAGCUACAAUGAUAAAAAAAGAAGAAAGUAGUAGCAUUGAAUCAGAGAAACAAAAGAUAUUAUCAGGGAAAUGGAUAGAAAGACAAGGAAGCAUGUUGGAAAAAUGGAAAGAGGAAGAAUGGUUUAAAAAUAUGAAGGAAGAAUGGAAAAAAGAAGAAAAAAAAUAUAUAGAAACAUUAGGAAAAUCAGAAAUUAUAGAUGGAACAAAUGAAAAAAAUAGUCAUCCUACAUUAGAGAGAAAAAAAGAAAUAUGGAAGCAAUGGUUACAGAAACAAAGGGAGUUAUUUAUGGGAUAUUAUAAGAAGGGAUGGUUUGAAGAGUUGCUAGAAGAAUAUGAAUUCGUAAGAGAAGAAAACGAAGAGAAUGUAGAAGAAAAGGAAAAUAAUUUAGAAAAUCAGAGAAGAGACGUAACAGUAGUAGACAUAAAAAAAGAAGUAAAUAAUAAGAUAAAGAAGGAAAAGUUAAUAUCUAAUAUGUGCGUAGAGAUACAUAUGAUGAUAUUAGAUCAAUGUAAAAAGGAAGAGAUAUAUUCCAUGAGAAAUGAGUUUCUUAGAUCAUAUAUAGAACAAAAGAAAGAACGUGGAGGAUCCUAUAAACAAAAAAUGGGAAACAAGGAAACAGAUAAGACAGAAGAAGAAAGAGAAAUGAAUAUUAUGAUAGAUAAGAAGAAAAAACAAUGGGAAUGCUGGAAAAAAGAAGAUUGGUUUCAAGAGCUGAAGUUGGAUUGGAAAGAGGAAAUGAAACGUAUGAUAAAAGAUACAAACAAAAUAAAAAAAGAAAUAAUAAAUCCCAUGUUGGAAACACAAAUAGUUCUGAAAAAUUGGCAAGAAAGGCAAAGAAAUAUUUUAAAGAAACGGAAUAAACAAAAUAAACAUGAAAAUUCGAUAAAAAAGAACAAAGAUGAAGAAAAAAUAAAAAAAGAAAAUGAAAUGACUUAA